UAAAUUGAACGUUACCUUUACCUGUUUCUUUCCUCUCAAAUUCAUCCAACAAGAAGAUAUUCUGCAACUGAAGCAAUUGGCUACACCGACCCCAUUAACUGUUGCAUAAACCAAUCCAACUCAACAACGAAGCCGAUUGCGACUUUUAGAGAGAGAAACAAACAACACACCAGUUUAAGCUUUGAUCUACUUCAAUCGUGAGUUGAAACUGAUAAACAAUGGGGCUGAUUUCUGGAAUUCUUAUGGGGACCAUACUCGGGAUUGCGAUUAUGGCUGGUUUCCGUCAGAUGAUGAGGUAUCGAAGCAGUAAACGAAUCGCUAAGGCAGUUGACAUAAAACUCCUUGGAUGUCUCAACAGAGAUGAUUUGAGGAAAAUCUGCGGUGACAACUUUCCAGAAUGGAUAUCUUUCCCUGUUUAUGAACAGGUGAAAUGGCUGAAUAAACAGUUAAGCAAACUUUGGCCAUAUGUCGAAGAAGCAGCUCGUAUUAUUAUUAAGGAUUCUGUUGAACCACUAUUGGAAGAUUAUCGCCCAGCUGGAAUUACAUCAUUAAAGUUUAAUAAACUCUCUCUUGGGACUGUACCCCCAAAGAUUGAAGGUAUUCGCGUUCAGAGCCUUAAAAAAGGUCAAAUAACGAUGGACAUAGAUUUACGUUGGGGAGGUGAUCCAAAUAUUGUUCUAGGAGUUGAAGCUGCAGUUGUUGCUAAUUUACCUAUUCAGCUGAAGGAUCUCCAAGUGUUCACAGUUGUUCGUGUUAUUUUCCAGCUCUGUGAAGAAAUUCCCUGCAUCUCUGCUGUUGUUGUUGCUCUACACUCUGAGCCAGAGCCAAAAAUUGACUAUACAUUGAAGGCUGUUGGUGGAAGUUUAACAGCCAUUCCUGGACUAUCCGAUAUGAUUGACGAUACUGUAAAGACAAUAGUUACCGACAUGCUUCAAUGGCCACAUAGGAUUGUUGUUCCAAUUGGCGGUUUAAAUGUGGAUACAAGUGAUCUGGAGCUUAAGCCACAAGGACUGGUCUCAUUAACAAUUGUGAAAGCAAAUAAUUUGAAAAAUAUGGAAAUGAUCGGGAAAUCUGAUCCUUAUGUGACUGCGUAUAUUCGGCCACUUGAAAAGUUUAAAACAAAGGUUGUUGAUAACAACCUUAAUCCUGUUUGGAAUCAUCCAAUUCAGUUGAUUGCAGAGGACAAGGAGACUCAGUUUGCCGUAUUUGAGGUUUUGGAUCAAGACAUUGGGCAAGACAAGCGUUUGGGGAUAGCAAGAUUGUCUCUAAUUGAUCUCGAACCAGAAGUCGAAAAAGAGAUUGAAUUGAGAUUGCAACCUUCGCUUGAUAUGCUCAAGAUAAAAGAUAAGAAAGAUAGAGGAACUCUUACAAUCAAGGUCAAGUAUCAUGAAUUUACCAAAGAAGAGCAAGAUGCUGCUAUAGAAGAAGAGAAGAGGAUUCUGGAAGAGAAAAAGAGACUCAAAGCAGAAGGAAUAAUUGGAAGCACCAUGGAUGCCAUUGAUGGAGCCGCAGGGUUAGUUGGGUCCGGUGUCGGGCUCGUGGGUACAGGAGUCAUCUCUGGGGUUGGGCUCGUGGGAAGUGGAGUCGUCUCUGGGGUUGGCGCUGGUGCUGGGCUGGUUGGAAGUGGGCUGGGGGCUGUUGGUAGCGGACUAAGCAAGGCUGGAAAGUUCAUGGGGCGGACCAUCACCGGAACCAGUGGUUCUAAAAAGAGCGGUGCAUCGACUCCCGUGAACUCUGUUGAAGAAAAUGGCGGGGCUAAACCGCGCUAACCAGUGUCGGUUAUAUAUGUUGUCUAUCAAAUAUGAUUGACUUGUUAUGUGAAUUUGAUUCUUAUUUUCGUUUCGUUUUGUUUUUUCUGUGUAUUAAGAUUUUAAUAAGUAGAUUGACUGUAAAUCAUUGACGCUUGUUAAUGUGGAUAUUUGAAUGAUACUAUUCAGACCCUCCUCA